UUGUGGGUCAUUUAGGUCAGGUGGAAGUAACUGUCAUCAUGGUAGAGACUUUGCGGUAAUCUGUUCAGGCCACAGAAAACCCAGACUUAUGGAUGGCCCACAUGUGUGUGCUGGGAGAAUAGAGGUGCUUUAUGGAAAUACAUGGGCAGCAGUGUGUGAUGCUGAAUUUAACCAGAAGAAUGCAGAGGUUGUGUGUCGGGAGUUGGGCUGUGGGCUUCCUGUAAAGGUGUUGGGGGCAUCUGCUUUCGGCAAUGGAAAAGGCCAGGUGUGGACAAAGGAGCUUCAUUGCAGAGGCAAUGAAACCCAGAUUUAUUUCUGCCAAGGAUCGUUUACACUUGAACACAAUUGCUCCCUUGAAAUGAAAGAUGCAGGAUUAAUUUGUUCAGGUUAUACAGAUGCACGGCUGGUGAAUGGCAAGGACUCCUGUUCUGGUCGAGUUGAGCUCAACUACCUCAGUGAAUGGGGAACCGUUUGUGCUGUAAACUGGAAUUUACGAGCUGCCAAUGUCCUCUGUGGACAGCUGAAUUGUGGAAGUGCCGUGGCUGUACUGGAAUCUGACUGGUUUGGAGCAGGGAAUCGCCAAAUCUGGGGCGACAUGUUUUAUUGCCAAGGGAAUGAGACACACUUGUCACAAUGUCCCAUAUCUUCAUGGAGUCGUGUUGCCUGCUCACAUGAACAAGAUGCUGGAGUCAUUUGUAAUGGUUCAUCAUUGGCAUUUCAUGAAGGACAUGUGCAGUUGUCUGGAGAGAGUGAAUGUCAUGGGGAGGUGGAAGUUUACUUCAUGGAGGACUGGAGGAGAGUUCUCCUGCACUCUUGGGGACUGGCUGAGGCAUCUGUGGUGUGCAGACAACUGGGAUGUGGCUCUGUGCUAAGCUAUAAUUCAUCUAUGACUAAAGCCGAACAUAGCCACAUGUGUGCAGUAGGUUUUAGUUGCUCUGGAAGUGAAGCACAUCUGAGAAACUGCCAUAGGGCACACCAGGUGGUCAACUGCAGCUCAAAAGAUCUGUUGUCAAUUACCUGCUCUGGUGUUUUUAACCAAGCACACAGCUCAAUCAGACUGGUGGGUUCUGGGGGAGAUUGUGCAGGAAGGCUUGAGGUUUUUUACAAUGGCUCAUGGGGGACAGUGCGCCAUGACUUGUGGGAUAUUGAGGAUGCACAUGUGGUAUGCAGACAGAUGCAGUGUGGUGUAGCACUCAGCAAUCAUGUUCUGUCCUGGUUUGGUCCUGGAUCUGGACCUAUACGGCUAAAUCAGGUGGAGUGCAGGGGAGAUGAGAUAUCUCUGUGGAAUUGCAGAUUCCAAUUUUCUGAAGAGGAUGAAAAUGGACACCAAGAAGAUGUAGGAGUUGUGUGCUCAGACUUCAAGGAAAUCAGACUUACUGAAGGCUGUAAGGGGAAUCUGGAGGUUUUUUACAAUGGAACUUGGGGUAAUGUGUGUGAAAAUGCGAUAGAUAAAGAAACAGCGAGUUUAAUCUGUCGAGAGCUUAAUUGUGGAAGAACUGGCAAAGAGUACUUAUCCAAAAGCAGGCUAAAAUCUGCUCCUAAUUGGCUGGAUGGUCUGAAAUGUAGGAAGCAUGAUGCCACUCUAUGGCACUGUCAAUCUUCCCCAUGGAGAAAUAACAAGUGUGGUCAUGUGGCUCAUAUUACAUGCACAGAUGUUAAAGAGCAUCAAGGCCAUCUGAGUGACUUUUCAUCUUCCUGCAAGAAACAAUGCUCAAAGCAUCUGCCGCUCAGGCUGAGGAAUGGAGCAGGAGACUGUUCUGGAAGGCUUGAGCUGUAUUAUAAUGAUACAUGGGGAACCAUUUGUAGUGAUCAGUGGGACAUCAAGGAUGCUCAGGUGGUCUGCAGACAGCUUGGCUGUGGUCAGGCAGUGAGCGCUGACAGGAGCACUGGUAAAGGGGAUAAAAUGAUCUGGAUGAACAGAGUGAACUGCAGAGGGAAUGAGAUUCAUCUGUGGGACUGUCUUUAUUCCCUGAAGAAUCACACCGACUGUCUCCACAAACAGGAUGCUGGAGUCACCUGUAAAGACAUGCCCAUGACUCCUGACACAUUUGUAACUACAACUACCCCCAAAAUAGGUCAAGGAGAUACGACACAUAUUGCACAACCUCCAUUAGCAGAUACAUUUAUUAUUCCUAAUGUGGUUGCAUUUGUGCUAGGAAUAAUACUUUUCAUAGCCUUGCUGCUUCUGGUUGUUCAGUUUUACCAAAUCAGAGAGCUCAGAAAAGUUCUCUCAAAAAGGAGGCAUAAGUCAGUGUCUGAACCAGAGUAUGCUGAGAUCAAUCUUCAUUCUUCAAGAUUCAUAAGUACAAGACCCACUAGCUCACCUCAGAUUGGAAGCCUCAUCAUUGAAACACAGAAUUCUGGAUAUGAGUAUGUGGAUGAUGCACUGCUCUCAGGUGAUGGAUCAAGAGUCGAUUCACUCGAGAGCUAUGAUGAUGCCAUCCCUUCUGGACUGAUUUUACAUGACACAGAUGAGGACUAUAAUGAUGCUCUUUCUACUGGAAUAAUCCAAAAUAUUCCAUAUGCGAGUGAAUUCAUAAAUUCCAAUCUCACUGAAGUACCCAGAUUGGAGGAGUAUGAUGAUGUCAUCACUGCUGGUCAAGAUGUAGAAGAUGAAGAAGAUUAUGAUGAUGUGGAAGAGUUUCAGAAGGACUGAUGAACGCCAGCAAAUGGAUUUACUCAAGAGAUUAUACUGAUAAAUCAAUAAUAAGAAUAAUUAGAAUAAUAAGAACAAUAAGAAUAAUAACAUGAUCAUAUCAACAAAAGAAAACAACAAUGAAAAACUGCUGUAUGGUUUAAUGAUGAUUGCUGUGCCAGACAUGCCACUACAAAAUCCCGGGUGCUCUUUGACCGUAACGGCCAUAGCACAUGAUUUACAGUCACAGUAUUGAAUAUGUAUAAUAUAGUGUGUAUAAUUAAAUAGAAAAUAAUUUCUUUUUUAUGUUUUAUUUCUGUAACGCAUAUACACAUUUUAACCACUAGAUGGAA